AUGGGCACGCUCCACCGAUCUCCGACCCGCCCGCCGCUGAGGAUACCUGCUGCCCCGCGCGGCGGAAAGUUCGAGCCAUGGAUGGACGAGGUCACGAUCCCGUAUUAUACCGACCUGGAGGUACGCGCGAUCGUCGAGGGCGACGACGAGAUGCGGGCAAUCUACGACGACGGCGUCAUCACCUGGCGCAAGCUCGUCACAUGGCGCUGGUGGGCCCAAUGGUGGAAGUACUACCUGGUCGCGGCACCCGUCCUCGCCGUUGUCAUUCUUCUCAUCCUGUACAAGGACACUGUAGUCCAGGCCGUCGAACCGUACCGCGAGGACAUCAAAAACUUCCCUGCGAGCUGGGCCAUUGCAGUGCUCAUCUCCGCAGUUGUUCACAUCCCGCCACUACUUGGCGCAGACAUCAUCCUGAUCCUCCUUGGUGCCAUUUGGGGGCUAUGGGGAUUGGCGCUUGGCGCGGCCGGUGUCCUCCUGGGUGAGGCAAUGGGCUUCUUCCUGUACAAGUACAUGCUCGGACAGAAGGCCUUGAGGGUAGCGCGUACCAAUGUUUUCCUCGCGUGCACGCUCUUGACCGUUGCCCCGCCACCACCGCCUGCGGGGUACUCGUACAACGCUUACGGGAAACCACGGUCCCGGUGUGCAGUGUGCUGGACCGACCAGGGGCUAUGGGUCACUACUGUUAUUCGCUUGACAGUGCUUCCGUCGCACUACACUACUCCUAUCCUAGCAGCGGGUGGUAUGGGUUUCCUCAAGUUCAACCUCACAGUCGUGCUCUCGAUUCCGUUCCAGUUUGCAGAGGUCCUCGCCGGAUACCAACUAACACACAAGGAUAUCGGCAUUGUCGCCAGCGCCGUGACCUAUGCAACCUACGUCUCAACGGGCCUAGCCACCACGUGGGGCCUGUACUUUGUCUACUCGAAACUCAUCGGCCACCGCAAGCGCGCGAUCGUCGAGCAGGCGGCCUUUUGGUUCGCUGUCGACGAACAGCGCUGGCGACGAGACCACCCUAAUGCGCUCGGGCUGGGGUUCAUCUCCUCAGCACCUGAGAGCCGGGACCCGCCUCCUAGGCCACCCCGCCCUUCCGAGCACCACAAGAGCCUCAGCGAGGGGUUUAGCAGUGAAGAGACGUAUGCCGAGACGUACCCCUACAACCACGACUACCAUCGAAAGAGCUCGGAGAGCGCAUUUGAACACGACAAGCCAUUACAGCCACGACAGUACGACUACUAG